UCCCCUUCUAGUUGCAUUUAGAGAAACGGCUCUUCACCACUAUUUCAGUAUCACAACUGCUUUCACAGGAUCACAGAAAUGGACAAGAGUGUUCAAGGGGGUAAAGCGUACGGUCUUCUAAAAUCUCAACAGGAAGAAAAACUCAACGCGAUCAACGAGGACUUUCUCUCAGAUGAAAAGUAUGCAGAGGAAGAAGAACUCGCUUCAAAGCUUGAAAUGUUUAAAAAAAAAUACAUGGAGUUUGAUCUUAACGACAAAGGAGAGAUUGACAUCAUGGGUUUAAAACGAAUGCUGGAGAAACUGGGACUGGCCAAAACUCACUUGGAGCUGAAGAAGAUGAUGUCGGAGGUGGUUGGAGGAAUGUCAAAGGACACCAUUAGCUACCAUGACUUCCUCAACAUGAUGCUGGGAAAGAGAAAUGCAAUUUUAAAGCUGAUCUUGAUGUUUGAAGGUAUGGGGAAAGAACCAGAGAAAACUGACACAGGACCACCUCGCCGUAAAACCUUUUCAGACCUCCCGUGACCAAACUGUGAUUGUGUCUUUUUUCCAGAUUUGAAUAACACUUGAAUAACAAACCAAAGUAAAGUUAUUUGUAUAUGUUUGUGCAUUCUGAUUUAUGUGAUUAUUGCCACACAGACAUCACACACUAUAGGCAAUCUGAAUGAGCCUUUGUACAUGCUAUAGUAGCACACAUCCUACUGUACAAAUUUUUAUAUGUGUGGUCAUCUGUAGCUUUUUCAAAAAAAAAAAAAAAAAAAAAAAGAAGAAGAAUGUAAAGCGCUUCCUAAUGAAUGCAUGGCCAUCAUUAUAUUACUUUGUGCAAUAACAUCCCAUGUUUAAAUAAAUAAAUGACUUACUGAUUUUAAAA